CCGGCUUGAUCUCCUUUCUCCUCGUAUCAGGGAAAGAAAGAAAGAAACCGGUCCUCCUCCCAUCACUCGUCUCGUGAUUCCAACGGCGACCCCAGGAUAAUUAAAAAAGAAGCCUCGCUUUUGUGUCACCUCGCCUUUCCCUUCUCUCUGUCUUCUUUUCUCUCUCAUGACUCUUCCCCCCAAAAGAUGCCAUCCCCUCUCCGUAACGGCGGCCCCCCUCCCCGCCUCCCCUCCCCCGCCGUCGGCCGCCACCCCCAUCACUUCCACUCCACCGUCUCCGAGCAGAAGAUCCGCCGCCUCAACGCGCUUAUCCUCCUCCUCCGCCUCGCCGCCUUCUGCUUCUCCCUCGUCGCCGCCAUCUUCAUGGGCACCAACUCCUCCCGCUCCCCCGGUUCCCCUUCCUGGCUCCAGUUCCGCCCCUUCAGGCUCGUGUUCGCGGUGAACGCCAUCGUGGCCGCCUAUUCCUUGUUCGCGAUGGGGCUUUCCAUCUGGGAGAUCCUAAAGGGCGCCACCCUCUUCCCCGAGCCCCUCCAGCUCUGGUUCGACUUCGCCCACGACCAGGUUUUCGCGUACCUGGUGCUGGCGGCGGAGGCGGCGGGGACGGUGGAGGCCCGGGAGCUGAAGGGGGCGCACGCGUGCACGCUGGAGAGCGCCUUCUGCGUGCAGGCCGACAUCUCCGUCGCUCUCGGCUUCGUCGGAUUCGUCUUCCUAACCCUUUCCGCGCUCGUCUCCGGCUUCCGUCUCGCCUGCCACGUCAUCACCGGCUUUCGCUUCCACCUCUAGGCUAGUCCAUCCCUGAGGCGGUCGCUUUCUCCCUCGCUCGCCCGUCGAAUCACCCCUACAGUUACCUGACCCACGUGGCAGUAGUAGAUUGAUGCAGUACACGAACAGCUGACCUUUGGCUAAAUCAAUCGCCGCCUGACGGUCGGCGAUCUGAUCUAUAGCUUCUUUUUUUUUUCUUUUUUUUUUUAAUAAUUUUUUAUGGAAGAGUGUUUUUUCCGAGUCCGGGGUCCAUCGUGCGGUUGUAAAUCUUGUGAUUCCCCUUCCAUCCGAAGGACGAAAAGCUCCACUAAUUUUGUAUGUAUGUAUUUUUUAAUCGCGCGUCACCCAGUCUGUACUAAAUGUGAUCCGGGAGUUGAAUUUGAUAUAUUCUCUUUCGCAAAAAACCAAAUUUGAAAU